UUCCUACUCUGACACCUAACAUUCGUUUCAUACACCGAUUGACGCCCGCCUCACACCCACAUUCUCCCUCUCGACAAUUCAACGGACCGGGCCGCCGCAGCUGCAAGAGAUCGGAGAAAAUCCUAUCCCCCACGAGAAAGUUUAGGAGUAGGGCCGAUCGAUCAGUAGCACAAUUGCGAUUAGGGUUAUCGGAGCUCCAUUCCCUGGACCUCGAGAUGAGAAGAUGGAGUCUAUAGCUUCGCGAUCGCAGGAGGGCCGGAAUUCGAGCUCAACAAGAGGAGGGUUCAUCGACCCGAUGGCGAUGAUGCACGAUUGGCUCUUCGAGUGCCAUGGGUUCUGGCACAACGCGCUCCUGAUCACGUCCUCCCUGCUGUUCGCGCUCUACUUGGCUACCCAGGCCAGAAAGAGCCUCUCGAAGCUGAUGCACGGCGGGAGGUCGUACAUCAUGAUCGCUUAUUAUGCCAGCCUCUGGCUCGUCAGCUUGCUCAAUCUGACUUGGUGCUGCUUGCAGUCAUGGGAGUGUUCUCCAGGGAAAGAAGUGGGAUGGAAUCUUCUAUCUCUGUUAACAACAUCCGGAAUGCUGUUUCUGGAAGUAAGCUUGGUGGCAUUUUUAUUUCAAGGGAACUAUGCGAGUGGAUUGGAAGCUUUCACUCGUACUUUUGUUGUCUCGGGGCUCGUUGUUGGUUUAGAUCUCCUUUUGAAGGCAGUUUAUCUCUUCGGUUUUGGAAUUCCUCUGUUCGUUGACAACAGUGAACAUCCACAUAGGAUUAAGUGGGGCCUAUGGGUAGUACACAGGCUUGUGCUAACAGCAGUCUAUGGAUGCAUAUUAUUCAUGUACCACUCGAGAUGGAGAGAGAGAUUACCAGCGAGGCCAGCAUUCUAUAAGUAUGUCAUUAUCAUGUUCAUCAUGAAUGCACUGGCUGUAUUUGCAUGUGGGCUCACUGUAAAUGAGGCAGGCUUUGGGUUUUGGUUAUAUGGUGCCACAAUUGUAUGCUACCAUGCAUUUUAUCUUCCACUUUUGUAUGUGACGUUCCUUGCAGAUUUCUUCCAGGAAGAAGACCUGCAGCUGGAGAACGUAUACUACUCGGAGAUGAAGGAUGCUGGCUUCUUUGAUGGAGACUGGGACUAGCAUAGGAGCUUUAGGGCUUGGAGGUAAUGUUCUUGCCGGAAAGCGUGCUUCAGAAUUCAGAUGCCUGAGGACCGGUUUGGAUUUGGAAGAGAGAUCAUCAUAGCCUUCGUAUGAAUUCCUAGGCUGAAUCUAAAUUUGAAAGAUGCUAUUAUGCUUGCAAGGUCAGUACUCUGUCCUUCCAACAGAAAAUAGCGAGAAGUUGAUGCAUUUGACGCAAUGGAGGGUAAAGCAGAAGAUUUCUUGACCUCGGAGAUGUUACCUGUGAUUCUUCCCCAAUAUAUACCCAUGGAAGGACAAUGCUGUUACUGGAGACUGCUGUGUAUAAUACCAAGGCUUGAAAUAAUGACAAUCAGUAAUAGUGAUUAUAUGUAUGCCUUCUGUAGAUGUACUGUUAAACAGUGUUAUGUUUCUAUAUAUUUGCCCUUUUGUAUUC